AUGGCAUCAACUCCCCAAGACGUAGCUGUCUUGAUUCAGCGGGAAGGCAGUGGAGUUUCACCAGAUGCCUACGACGCAAGCAACGAAGCUCAGGAUGCUGUUACAAGAAGAACCAAACUAUUAUCACCAGUUCUUGAGGCUCUUAAGACGCAAGAUGCUUCGACGUUAGAGGCUACAGCGAAGGCAUUGGGUGAUGGAAGCCGAGAUGUUGCUUGGAGACUACCCUAUGGUGAUUCAGGCAUUCUCGAGUUCUUUCUUGAUAUCCUUGCAUCUGAGGAACCUCAAAGUCACGGUGUGAAAGUUCAGGCUUUGCGUGUUACUGGAAACUCCUGUGCUGAUACAGAUGCAAACCGGGCUCGUGUUGUCGAAGGAAAGUACAUCAUUCCUUUCAUCAACCAUCUUCAGGAUAAGAGCCUUGUUCCAUACUUGAUUCCCGUUCUCUACAAUGUUCUUGUUGAGUAUGAACCUGCUCAACGUCUCGCAUCGCAGUCAAGACUCAGCAGUCACCUUAUUGCUCUUCUGCAAUCACCCAACCUGUCCGACUACAGCCCUCUAGUCACCUACUUUUGCAAAAUUCUGGCUCUUCUUAUUACCCAAGAUGGCGAGGCAGAUCUCGCAGACCCGGACACAGUCUCUACUCUCCUUAAGCUGGCUACCAGUCCCGACCACAGCUCUGAUAUCGAGGACUUCAUGGCCCUUGUGUCCACUGCAGCCAGCUACCUCGCCAAUGAAUCUUUCCAGGAGCGACUCGUGAAGUCAAAGCAGUUGGACGUCUUUGUCAAGGCCUUCUACAUCGCACACACUCAAUUCGAUGCAGAGCUUGAUGAUGAGGAGACUGCCAAGGAGCUUGGACAGCUUUGUACUUCGCUACUGACGACGCUGGCAGAUCUCACAGGCAGCGACUAUUUCCCUGCUCUCUACGCCCUCGAGAGUUCUGUGCCCCAGUCUCUGAUGAAGUGGUUGAAGGAACCUCAUGUCAUUCUUCAGUCAGCUGCUUGUCUAGCUCUUGGCAACCUCUCCCGUUCGGACCAGGCUUCUACUGCUUUCGUGCAGAAGCACCAGGCUCAUGUUCCUCUCAUGGCCAUCCUCUCUGAUAAGGAGAUUACUGAUGCCCAGCUCCUUCAUUCGGCACUCUCAUUCCUCAAGAACCUGGCGAUUCCAGCACAGAACAAGCCAUUGCUUGGAGAUCUGCUAGAGCCUGAGAGUGUACCACGGAUAUUGAAUAUCGAUACUCUUCCUCAAGUCCAGUUCUCGGCUGUGUCGCUAGUCCGCUUGCUUCUUGUCAACUCUCCCGACAACGUCCGUCGGGUAACAACACCCAGGACUGUAGAGGUUGAGGGAUCUUCGAAGAAGCACACAACUGUGCACGAUAUUGUUUCCUUGUUUGAGCGCUCCGAUACAGAGCCCACUAGGCUUGAGGCCGCACGUAGCGUUGCUACUGUAUGCCGUGUGCUCCAUACUGCACCAGUUGAUGAGGUCCUCUCAGGAUAUAACUCUGAGAGCUCCGAGACACAGUCGAGAGACCUGUUCUAUGCUGAGCAUGAUCUUUCCCAGAUACUCUCCUUCCUGAUCACCCAGGAGAAGUGGCCCAUCCUCAAGUCUGAGGCAUGGUUCGUCUUUGCUCUCCUAUCACGAUCCAAAGAUGGCGCACAGGUUGUUGCCAAGGUAUUCGACGUAUCUGGAGCCAUGGAUGCCUUAAACUUUGCAGUCACUGGUAAAGCCAAAUCAGACGAUCAAGCACCCCAAAUUGAGGCUGGCGAGCCAGAGGUUCCUCCAGCUAUUCCCGAGGAACUUGCUCUGGAACCCCAACAGGUGGACCCCAAGCAGCAGGCCAACAUGGCCAAGGUGGAUAGAGAGAAUUGCCUGGUAUUGUGUACCGAGAUUGUCAAGAAUGGGGAAACUCUUGAAUCAGCCCAGAUGAGUCACCUGCAAAGUUUGAUUAGACAAGGAACCGAAUUGCUGGGGAAGAAGGUGGAUGAGUAG